GGAACAUUCCUAAAAUUCACCCGGGCGAGUCUCGAGUCCAUUUGGAAACGAAAGGCAAGUGCUAGGGCAUAAAAUAAAGCAAUCCAUCGGGUCCUUUUGUUAGAAGAGAAUUGGAUCGAUCAAUUGAAUAGAAUAGAAUAGAAUAGAAUAAUUGAGUGUGGGAGUCAGAAUGCAGCAGCGUUUGAAGCAGCAACAGGAAGCAGCCUUGAUGCAGCAGCAAGCAGCUCUUCUUCAACAACAUUCGCUCUAUCAUCCUGGCUUUUUAGCUCCUCCCCCUCCUCAGAUUGAGCCAAUUCCAAGUGGAAAUCUGCCUCCUGGGUUUGAUCCAACUACAUGCCGCAGUGUGUACGUGGGAAACAUUCAUACACAGGUGACAGAGCCACUACUUCAGGAAGUUUUUGUCUCUACUGGUCCUGUUGAAGGCUGCAAGCUAAUUAGAAAAGAGAAGUCAUCCUAUGGAUUUAUUCACUACUUCGACCGCAGAUCGGCUGCACUUGCUAUAUUGUCACUUAACGGAAGGCAUCUAUUUGGGCAGCCUAUAAAAGUCAAUUGGGCAUAUGCUGGCGGGCAGAGGGAGGAUACGUCAAGUCACUAUAACAUUUUUGUUGGCGAUCUCAGCCCUGAAGUCACUGACGCUACGUUGUAUGCAUGUUUUUCUGUCUAUCAGAGUUGCUCUGAUGCAAGGGUUAUGUGGGAUCAGAAGACUGGGCGAUCAAGAGGGUUUGGGUUUGUCUCUUUUAAAAAUCAAGCGGAUGCUCAGAGUGCAAUUAACGAUCUAACAGGGAAAUGGCUCGGCAACAAACAGAUACGUUGUAACUGGGCAACCAAAGGUGCUGGUACUAAUGACGACAGGCAGACUUUAGAUAAUAAAAGUGUUGUAGAAUUAACAAGUGGCUCCUCAGAAGAUGGUAAGGAGGGGGUCAACAGUGAUGCUCCUGAAAAUAAUCCUCAGUACACUACUGUUUACGUUGGCAACCUUUCACCAGAGGUAAAUCAGGCUGACCUUCACCGCCACUUCCAUGCUCUUAAUGCCGGAACAAUUGAGGAAGUUCGUAUCCAACGUGACAAAGGCUUUGGUUUUGUUAGAUACAGUAAUCACUCAGAGGCAGCGCUGGCUAUUCAGAUGGGAAAUAAUCACUCAAUUCUCUACGGAAAAAUAAUUAAGUGCUUGUGGGGAAGCAAACCCACUCCACCUGGGACGAGCUCAAAUCCACUUCCCCCUCCCGCACCGGCACCUAUGCAAGGUCUUUCCCCUUCUGAUCUCUUGGCCUACGAGCGACAAAUAGCAAUGAGCAAGAUGGGAGGGGUCCAUCCAUUGUUGCACCCGCAAAUGCAGCUUCCAAUUAAACAAGGAUCUAUGGGAAUGGGUGCUGCAGGGGCAAGCCAGGCGAUAUAUGAUGGGGGUUUCCAGAAUGCUGCUGCUGCCCAUCAGCUCAUGUACUACCAGUGAAUGAUUAUGUUGUUAUAUCUGUCUUUGGUUUUUGUCCUGCAUUUGCAGGCUUUGUUGAGUGUUUAAAUAAAAACUUUAGGAGGCUUUUUGUGAUCUUUUUUAAUUUUUUCACUCUUACAUUGUGAUGGGCUUUCCUUGCUUCAUCCUUUUCAGUGUAUCAUUUUAAUUUUAAGUAGCGACUAGCGAGUGACCUAAUUAUGUUAAGUGGGACCAGUACAGUGAAUUCCUGUGUAAUUUAUAUGGGAAGUUUUAAGCUCCUGUUAUGGAAGGCAGUCAUUAGUUGUACAA